AUGAGGAGGUUCAUAUCAAAUGCCGCAGAAAAGUUAAGACCUAUCACAAAGUUGCUAAAGAAUAAAGCAACUGAUUUUUCUUGGGGUCCGGAGCAGCAAGAGGCAUUAGAAGAAAUUAAGAAAGCAUUAACAAAACCACAAGUGUUGGUUCCCCCAAGAGGAGACCGACCUCUUAGACUGUAUGUGGCAAACAAUUUCGAUGUUGUGAGCAUUCUGCUAGCACAAGAAUGGAAAGAUGGUAAGGAAAGGGCUAUUUACUACUUAAGCAAAACUCUGGCAGGGACGGAGCUGAAUUAUACCAUGCCCGAAAAAAUGUGUUAUUCUUUAGUCUUCGCAUGUACUCAAUUGGAGCACUAUAUUCUGCCAAGAGAAACCGAGGUGGUUACCAAAGUGGAUUUGAUCAGAUUAAUUCUGCACAGACCAACAAUGCAGGGAAGGUUAAUGAAAUGGGCAAUCAGACUGGCUCCCUUUGCGUUGCGACAUCGACCCAUCAAGGCAGUGAAAGGGCAGGUAGUGGCCGACUUAUUGGCUGAAUUUACGAAUAGCGAACUAGCAGAAAACAAAAUGGUACCCUAUAUAGGUACUAGUCCCUUGAAAAAAUUUUUUGAUGGUUCUCGUUCUAAAGGGAGGUCAAGAGCAGGAGUUAUAUUAGAAGGACCAGGAGCCCGGAAGAUCAGUCUGCAACUUCAAAUGGAGGAGAUGACUCAUAACUCGACAGAAUAUGGAGCAUUGAUUUUAGGUUUGGAGGCACUUGUGGCUAAAGGGGCACAAGCGGUCAUGAUUUGCGGAGAUUCUCAAUUGGUCAUCAAUCAAGUGCUAAGACGGUACGCUUGUAAUUAUCCUCAUUUACGUCAAUAUCGAGAUUUGGUAUAUCGCCUGUUAUAUAGAAUUGCAGAGGUGGUUAUUGAACAUGUACCGAGAAUAGAGAAUCGACAAGCAAAUAAUUUAGCUCAGAAUGUGUGUCAACAAAUAAGUGUUGGCAAUAUUGAUACGAGUACCGAUUGGAGAACAAAAAUUAUGGUCUAUCUGGAAUCACUAAAUUUUGCGACCCCUAUGGGUAUUCGAUUGAAAGCAUUAUGCUUUCAACUUAUUGAAGGGGUUCUGUAUAAGAGAACCUUUGAGGGAGUGUUAUUAAGGUGCUUGGGACCGGAAGAAUCCAUCAAAGUGAUGGAAGAAGUUCAUGGUGGAAUUUUUGGAGCACACCGAGCAGGAUUGAAGAUGCGAUGGGCUAUUCAUAGAUUGGGGUUCUAUUGGCCAAAAAUAUAUCAAAUUUGCUAA